AUGAUGGACAUGAACAUGCCAACCACGACCGCCAUGGCGAUGGCAACGUCGACGAGUACGUCCGACAGCAUGUCCGGCAUGUCCAUGUCCAUGGAGGAUAUGACCAUGACUUUCUUCGAAGCAUUCAAGACCCCACUGUACUCUACUAAGUGGACACCGACAAGCGAAGGAGAAUACGCGGGGACCUGCAUAUUCCUCAUUGCUCUCGCCUGCAUCCUCCGGUUACUCUUAGCCCUGAAGCCGAUUUUGGAAGAGCGGUUCUGGAGGAACUACCCCGUAUACGAGUCCGACAAGCAACACGGUGAUGUUGACCCAGGAAUGGGGGCUGCCGUAGUACGAAGAGAUCUGGUUGGUCGAUGGAGAGGUUGGAGAGCAGGUGCUUCCGCCGCGAGAGCCACUUACGAGGUCAUCAUUGGAGGCGUUGGAUAUCUUCUAAUGCUUGCCAUCAUGACAAUGAAUGUCGGCUAUUUUCUUUCCGUCUUAGGUGGCAUUUGGCUCGGUACCUUCUUGAUCGGCGGUCUGGCCAGUAGCAGCGCAACCAUACACUGCUAA